AUGCUACGCAGACUCAAGACCUCGUCGGACGCUAGCUCGCAACCAUCUCCAAAUGGAACAUUGGACGAAACACAAGGCAGUGAUGAGCAGAGCAGUCGUGACGGACCCAUGUCGUCGCUGCAGAAGUACCGGUCACAAACAAUGAAAGACUAUGGUCUUAUGAUUGAAUACAAACAUUUACGUCAACAUGUUCCGAGUGGCAUCUAUGUACUGCCGAGUUUCGACCACUCGCGUGUCUGGUACGGGACCAUCUUUAUCCACGCCGGCCUUUAUCGUAAUGGGAUCUUCAAGUUUACCAUUUUCCUGCCCGAGAGCUAUAAUGGACCGGGGACGUAUCCUCGCAUUGUGUUUAACACUAACGUCUUCCAUCCUUAUGUGUACAAAGAGACAAAGCAGCUGGAUCUACAUCCAAAGUUCCCAGAGUGGGACCCAGAGCUGCAUUAUAUGGUCGCAGUGCUUACCUACCUUAAAGGGAUUUUUUACAUGAAAGACUUCCCGGAAAGGAGUCUUGUUGCCAAUAGCGACGCGUUGGACAUGUUUCGUCAUGAUCCCGAAAACUAUGUGAACAAAGUGGAGGAGUGUGUGGACGAGUCCCUUACAAAUGUCUACAACAACGAGCAGGGCUCCACCAUCCGCUUCACCAAGCACAAUCCGGCACAUGACAAUCUACGGCAGGAGCUUUUUGCACAAUUGGAUGCAGCGUCGGCUGUAGCACCACAGACACUAGAAGAGAAGAUGGCCGUUCCACCAUCUACACGUUCAUUGUCUAUUGUAACAGCAGCCGCAGCUGGAGGUUCUUCUAGCCAAGUACCUGCAGCUCUUGCCGAUGAACCAAUGCCAGACUCGUUUGAGGAGUAA